AACAGAAGUUGUUUACCCUUUAGCUCAACACUCCGGGUUUAACCCCGACAUUGAGGCGUGACUAGAAGAACUGGGGCCCUUUAAAUCCAGUCCACGGGGGUUUACGUAACAGAGGAGGCAAAGCGAGGGGGAAGCACCACAUGAGUAGACUUGACAAUUAGGCGCCGAGGGGAGUGAAGGUGUUGCAGAGGACAGAGUGCACAGGAACUAGAGCAGGCUGAGGAUUUAUACUGGAGCAGUGAACACUUUUAUGUUGAGAAAGUGUUUCCAGGCCAUCGAUUCUUCCAACCCUACGCUGACCUCUGACAGGAAAGUGAAACAGGAGAAAGGGGAAAUUGCCAUUUAAAGAGGCCUCUGGGUAUUGAACGGCCUGCGUCAUGGCAGCCAUUGAUCUGGAGCGUGGGCUGGAGCACGGCGGUCGGGGAUGGGGGCAGGAGAGGCCGGAGCUGAUGGACAACUUUGACUCAGAGAUGCAAGAGUGGGAGGACCAGCUGCAGGACAUCCAGAAGAAAAUUGAAGAGUUGUACAAUGGCGUCCAGGCCCGCAGAGGAGCAAACGACAUCGCCGCUGACAACCAGAAAAAUGGCAGCGAGUUGGAGUGCGGCCUCGGGCACCAUGGCGACGGUCUUUAUGCACCCGGCCAUCACAGCAAGAAUCACUCCAGAGCUAUACCCGUGCCGCAUCACCACAGUAACGGCUGUAACUAUAGUCCCGGCGGGUACAGCUACCCCAUGAGUCAUCAAAAUGGCUACGGGUACUGCCACGCCGACUCGGAGAUCGGAGACUUGUUGCAGGAUUAUUUGGGGCAGCAGGGGAAGCAGAUGACCCGGAAGAGCAACGGAGCUCGCCACGUGCGCUUCAGCGACACAAUCAAGGUGAGCCCGGGAUCGGAGAUGAGAAAAAGUUCUGGAAAUGAAAGGCUCGGUCAAGAGCAGUUGUUGGGCAGUUUUGAGGAGACUGAAAACAGGAAGAACCAAGUGUCUCACAUGAAGAACUCCCCCAACAAAGAAAACACAGGUACCAAGCCCCCUCUUGGACAAAGGGACGCUCCCGCUGUACAACCACGCUCACAGCUCCCGAUCGCAAAGCCUGAAUCUCCCGCUCUGGACAGGAAGUCCUUCGGGCCCGGCGUCCUGGGAGAUAGGAAGUGCGGCAGCCCCUCCGUUCUCAGGAAGUUCGGAGCCAUGCUUCAGGAAAACGAGGGCAAAAUGCUCACCGAAUCGGGGGUGGUGACCCCACAGGGGCAGGCUCCGGAGCCAAAGUGUCCCACCCCCGGCUGUCAGCGCAGAGCUCUGGGAGCCACGGCAGUCGCCGGCAGGGCGCCCGUGCGCGUGCCUACCCAGAGGUGCCAAGCGGAUUCCGACGUGCUGACAGCAGAGGUAGAGCCCGGCCAAGAAUGGGGGUUAGUGCAGGACUCUGGUAGACAUAACCACAAGGAUCACAGAGGAGCCUACAGUGGGUCUAAAGGGUCCCAGCGGGGUCCCCAGCAGUCCCAGAGGAGAUCACAGGUGGCGGGGAGCCCCAAGAUGAGACCCAGGGCUAACAGCGGCGCAGACAGAGAUGCUGCAAGGAAGCCUCAACAUAUGGAGCCCAAAAUGGACUACAGGGUCUCCUCUGGAGCUCAGAAGAUCCAGAGGGGUGGGGAGUUGCCAGGUUGUGGCCGAGUGAGGGAUGAAGGACUUAUUGAGCUGCUGGACAUGCUGGAGAUCCAACACGAGUACAGCUCCAGUCCCAGAGCAGGACACACAGCUCACAGACAGGAUCCACAACAGGUAAACCCAGCCCAGGUGUCCCCGGCCGAUCUUAGGAAGAGCUUCUCUCGUCCCGCGCGGCCGGCCAACCAGCGCCCCCCUUCCAGGUGGGCCGGCCGCACCCCUACUGCCGUCAUCAAUACCCCAUCAGGCCCAAUGUACUGUCCCCCGAGCCCCCUGACUCGCCCUCCUAGCCCCAAGACCAGAACCCAGAGUCCCGCCCUGAAGCACCGGCCUCUCAUUUCCUAUUCUCUUCAGCCUGAGACUGUCAUCAUGUGAUCCCUUCCUCCAGGAAAAACCCCCUCUCUCUGUAAAUAUUAAGGACUAUUCUGUGAAACAAAGUGCUUUUAAGAGAGUUAAAGAAAUGACAUUCUCCAGUGUUGCUGUGGCUUUUUGCUUCUUCGUCUGUGCUGAAACCUUUGCCAACACUUCAACAUAAUGCUUAGUUGCAGCCCCCCCCCCCCCCCCCUUAUCCUCUUAUCCUCCUUUUUGUAUUGAAUUUCAGGUGUUUUCUGUUUAAUGAGAUUUUGCAUGCGGCCCCAGUUUGAGGUUGCAUGCUCAUGUGUUUUAAUCCUCCCGGUUGCCAUGUUGAAUCAAAUUCAACCUGGCCACCAGCAGGAGAAGAUUAAGUCGCAACUCUGCUCCCAGCAGCAAUCUGCUACCUGUCAGCAACAGUGUGUUUUACUGUAUCAUAUUUUCAAAGUAAUAUAUUUAAGAUGUUCAAAUAACAGCUGUGACAAAUGACUAUGAUAUGCCUUUAAUGUAUUUUUUUUUUCCUUUCUUGGUAAUAAAUAUGACAGUGCUUUGAC